GCUCAGUAGGCAUUGUAUUGACUUUCCGAAGCCAGGUUGGGGGAACUCAGCCUCGGCACUUGUUUCAUUUUCUACUUUCAUACUGUUCACACUGUUUGGAAGAGUCUCGUUAAAUUCCUUCUAUGUGCUUCCAUCAUUAAGAAACAUACAAAAAAACACACACUUCAAUCACACAAAGAUACAACAAAAUUAAAAACAUUAUGUUUGAGUGUACUCAUUGUAAUCGUCGUCGGAGCAAGUUGAGUCUUCGUCAUGGAGAGAUCCAGUCCUUGGGGAAGGAAUACAUUGAAGGCGCCACCAGCUGGUGCUCGGCCUGUAAGAAGCUGCGGUUCUUUAUGAAGCGUAAAAAGAGCUCCGAUAUCAACGAUGCGGAGGGCAACAAGCUGAAGGCCGUCGAUUCCAUCGAUUCGAUUCCGACUGAGAAAAAGGAGAAGGAAAAAAUUCGGGUUAUGUUCAACUCUCGAUCGACGGCCCAAAAUCAGCAAGCUGCCAGUUUGGCUGUCCACCUCAACAACUGGGCUGUCCAGGCGAUGGAUCCUCCGUCUAGGGGCCAGUCCUUCACUAGGUUUCCCGCAAUGAAGCCCAUUAAAGAUCGGGUUCGUGAGGGCUUUCACGAUGAGCCCGUACCGCCUCCCUUUACGCCCCUAAAUUUGUUAAAAAGAGAAAAGAGUGUGGAGCGUCUUAGGAAGGUCGUGAGUUCCCGGACUAAGCACAACAAAAAUCCAUCCCCUUCAAAGGAACCCAAAGUUGAGCUUCGGGGCAUUGAACGUUUGAGAGCCACGGCGCCUCCACAUUUGGCCAGAACAGGCGUGGACCGGUUUUCGCUCCCACCAACUAAUCUACCCAAAGAUACGCCUAAGAUUCCGAAAAAUAUAAACUUGAAAGAUCGAACACAGCCAAAAGAUGCAACUGCUAAGAAUCCUACCAUCGAUGAGACAAAACGGUUGCAUCAUCGCAAUGGGGCCGAAGAACUUCCAGGGACCUCAAAGGGCCAUCAUCGUCGAAAUCCAACGGAACACCCAACUUCAGGUCCAGCCGAAGCCAGCAGUAGUAAGGCACUGCUGAGAAAACUGGAGGCCAAACGCCGCCAGAUGACCAAGCUGACCGGAAUGCGAUCUAAAAUUGAGGAGGAAUAUGAGGCCACUCGAAGGGAAGUCCAAACCCUCGAAUUCCAGAGGCGUCGGAUAAGCCGUCAAAGAAGAGAAAAGGGUGGUUCCCACUUUCCAAUGCCACAUAUGGCACCGAUUGCGGUCAGUAGUCUCUCCGAAACCGCCAUAAAUAAUAAAUUGUACAUAAAGCAAAAUGCCAAAGUUAUGGAAACUCUUCUGGAAAACGUCCGCAAAUCACAGGAAAAGCCGGUUAGGCGGAAAAAUGGCAAGAAAACUAGCAGAACGACUCCUGCGUCCCGAUGCACAUCGUCGGAUAGUUCAGGUACACUGGAAUCGGCCACUGAUAUAGAUAGCUAUCCCACCACCGAGGAGGAAGUGGACACUGGCUAUAUAUGCCUGCCGGACAUUUUGAAUAAUCCCCUUCUCAAGAUGAAUCAAGCGGAUUUUUAUACGCGACCUUCCAAGCCCCGGAGUGAUAUGAAACGAUCUAAAAAGCUAGAAGUUCCCGAGGACAAGUACAUUUUGGCCUCAUCGGCUCAGAGAGCUAGCCUGCAGGGCGCUGCCCCGGAUCCUCAGUUGGUGGAGAGGCUGAAGAAGAAAUUAAUUGAGUCGGCAAGGACGGGUAUUCCGCCCAUCCUGGAACCACCCAACGACCAUUUUAGUACGGUGGCCUGUACGAAGGAAGAACUUAUAGUGAUUAUGGACAAGAAUCCCCAACUAGGAGAUGACCAAAAACCCCGGGAACUAAACGUAUCCCGCAGCCCCAUCCAUUGUCCCGACCACGAUUGCAAACGAUUAUCAUUUAUUUCGGAUUUAAACAAACAUCUUCUGCUGGAGCACCGGGCGCUGACCAUGGAAAGGAUUGGAGUCAGGCAGACAAAGACCUUCUUUCUCGAUUCUACCAUGGUGCUAUUGAACAAGCCGAAGUGCCAGAUGCUGUACAUGGUGCGUGAUAAGAUAAUCGACACCCAGGGCGACGAUCUAAAGGAUCUGCUGCCCGUCCUGGUGAUGACCGCCCGCGCCAAUCUGGCCGAGGCGUUGGCACCUACUAAAGGGCACUCUUCUGACAGGGUGUUGAAGCGUAUCAAGGCCGGAGAGGACAGGGAGGUGUUCCUCAUAUGGUUGACCAGUAUCAUUCCGCGUGACAUGUGCCUCAUGGGCACCUUGUCCCUCUGGUCGACCACAGGCUUCAAGAUAAUCGAUUGCCUUAGCGUCAAUACCAGUCACAUGUACGACAUCCGGGCGCCCCUGGACAUGGGCACUAUCUGCCGUAGCCCCUCCACCCUCAUGCUGCCCAUGCAGAUGAUAAGCAAGAUGACUGAUAAGGGCGCCAACUUCCUGGUGGUGCAGGUGAAGGUGUACUAGUCAUAAUCCUGGACGAAACACGAAAAAUAUAACAAGGGUUGGCAACUCAAAAUUUUACUGUGCUGACUGGUUACUUUAAAAAUUAAAAAAAUAUAUAUAGAGAGAUUUCAGAAA